CCCUCCCCUGCGGAGACUCCAUUUCCCGAAAUGCCUCCAGAGAUCUCGCGUCGGAGGCAGAAUGGCGGCUCUAGGCCAUCCCGUUCGGCUUUUCGCAGAGCCUGAUGCAUUGUGGUCAUUGUUCCUCGGGCCAUUGGAAUGCCAUGCAGCCGUCCCUCCCUAAAGCUUCAGGGCAGCGCCUGGUGGAAAGGAACCAGUCCUGGAGCCUGGGGAUACAGCAAGUCCUGACCAUCUGGCGGAGCAGAGAGCAUUGGCGUGAAGCCACAACGGUCAGCGAGCGAGGAGGAAGUGACCAUGGGAGACUUGGCCUUCCCCUCUGGGGAGAGAGGCUCAUCGGUCCUUCCAGGCAGUCAGUCAGGAAGCACUGAGAAAGUAUUGUUGCCGAGGGAAAGGACUAGCAGUGUGUGAUGGGGACCAGGGAAGGGAGAAAGAAUUCUCUGUGUACUUUGUGAAGACGUCGUUUCGUGACCUCCUUCAGCAGCAAGGGCCAGCUCCAGAGGAAGAUAAGUUUGUUCAAGACUUUCCCCUUCCCCAAAACAAGAGAAUCGAGGAUGAGGAGGAAAUGCUUGCUGGGCUUGUCACGGCCAGGGCUCAGGAAUUGGUGUCAUUCAGAGAUGUUGCCAUACACUUCACCCAGGAGGAAUGGAGCCAUCUUCAUCCAACUCAGAAGGACCUGUACUGGCACGUGACGCUGGAGAACUGUGAGAACCUCGUAUCACUGGGGCUUCCCGUUUCUAAACUGGAUGUGCUUUCCCUGUUGGGAAGAGGAAAUGCAUCAUGGAAACCAGAAGGAGAAGAAAGCCCACAAAGCACUUGUCCAGAUUCCCUUAAUGAAAUCUGGUUUGAAACCCUCGACCCAAGUCUGAUACAAGACACUUACAUAGGAGUAUCAUCUGGGAAAAGACUGCCAAACAAUAGUCCCUGGCUGUCUAAGAAGAGAGAAGCUGAAGGAUAUGACAUCAAUUCAGAGAAAGGAAAGAAGAGCUGGGAGAGACCAUCCAGACAAGUAACAAGCACUCACAGAACAGCUUUUAAGAAAGGGAGUGUGCAUCAGUGUAAUGCAUUUGGGAGGCAUUUUCAUUUGGGAUCAGUCUUUGAUGCACUGUGGAAAGAAACUGUAGGAGGAAGUAUCCAUAAAUACAUGACACUUGAAAAGAGCUUCAGAGAUUUUUCAGACCUAAUUCCAUGUAAUAUAUUCCCUUUAGGGAAGAAUCUUUCUAAGUAUAAAAAAUGGAAAAAGCCCUUCAAUUACCAUUCAGACCUAAUUAAAUUUCGUAGAACACAUGCUGGAGAAAAGCUGCAAGAACACUACGAAUGUGGUGAAGCCUUUUCCAGAAGAUCAAAUCUUGCUGGACAACAGACAUUUCAUACUGGCAAGAAACAUGACCAAUGUAAUAAAUAUGGGAAAACCUUGAGCCAUAGGGGAAGCUUGACUAAACAUAAGAGGACUUAUAUUGGAGUGAAGCCCUUUCAGUGUAAUGAAUGUAGAAAAGCCUUCAGUCAGAGGGGACAACUCAUUUAUCAUCAGAGAACUCAUACUGGAGAGAAACCCUUUGCAUGUACUGAAUGUGGGAAAGCCUUUAGCCGGAGGGCAAACCUCAUUAGACAUCAAAGAACUCAUACUGGAGUCAAACCCUUUGAAUGUAAUGAUUGUCAAAAAGCCUUUAGCCAGAGAGGACACCUCAUUUAUCAUCAAAGAAUUCAUACUGGAGAGAAACCCUUUGAAUGUAGGGAAUGUGGGAAAGGCUUCAGCCGGAAGGCUAUCCUUAUUACUCAUCUGAGAACUCAUACUGGAGAGAGACCCUUUGCAUGUAAUCAAUGUGAGAAAGCAUUCAGUGAAAGGGCAAGCCUAAUUACCCAUCAAAGAAUUCAUACUGGAGAGAAACCUUUUGCAUGUAAUGAAUGUGGGAAAGGCUUCAGUCGAAGAGGACAUCUUAUUACCCAUCAGAGAAGUCACAGUGGAGUGAAACCUUUUGCGUGCAAUGAAUGUGGGAAAGCCUUCAGUGAAAGGCGAGACCUUAUUACUCAUCAAAGAACUCAUACUGGAGUGAAACCCUUUGAAUGUAAUGAGUGUAGGAAAGCCUUCAGUCAGAGGGGACACCUCAUUUAUCAUCAAAGAAUUCAUACUGGAGAGAAACCCUUUGAGUGUAGUAUAUGUGGAAAAGGUUUCAUCCAGAAAGGACACCUUAUUAGACAUCAGAGAACACAUACUGAAGUGAAACCUUUAGAAUGCAAUGACAGAGGGAAAGCUUUUGGUGAGAGGACAAACCUCAUUUGUCAUCAGAAAAUUCAGACUCGGGAGGGGAUGCCUUGCUAAACAUUAGGGAACUCAUAAGGAGUUGAAACAUUCUGAAUGUAGCCAGUUUUUUCACCAAGAACAUAUUUGGCUGUAAUUGAUGCCUGUUGAUUGGGGGAUAGCUAAAUAAACUUUGGUACCUAAAUAUGGAAUAUUACUUUGUUGUCAGAAACACUGAAUAUUGUAAAGUACUGAAUAAAUUAAACUCAUAAGUGGA